AUGGGAAGAGCUCCUUGUUGUGAGAAAGUUGGAUUGAAAAGAGGAAGAUGGACUAGUGAAGAAGAUGAGAUCUUGUCGAAAUAUAUUCAGGCCAAUGGAGAAGGUUCUUGGAGGUCAUUGCCCAAAAAUGCAGGAUUAUUAAGAUGUGGAAAGAGUUGCCGACUAAGAUGGAUUAACUAUUUGAGAACUGAUCUAAAAAGAGGAAACAUUUCUGCUGAAGAAGAGGAUACUAUAGUAAAGCUGCACACUACUUAUGGCAACAGGUGGUCCAUGAUUGCCAGCCAUUUGCCGGGAAGAACAGACAACGAAAUUAAAAACCAUUGGAAUUCCCAUUUGAGCAGAAAAAUUUACCGUUUCUCCAAAAUAUCGGCAACUACAGAGACAAAGACCAUUGAAAUUCCUUUACCAAAACGGAAAUGUGGUAGAACAAGUCGUUGGGCCAUGAAGAAAAACAAGUUCUACAAAAAACAAAUCAUCACUAACAGUAGUACUAUUAUUCAACCUGAUAUUAAAGAAAAACCAGUUCAUGAAUUACGUGACGUGGAAGGUAAUACGACACAUGAGCAAGAGAAAGAAAAAACAACAACAACGUAUGAAUUAUGUGACGACAUCUUAGGACUGAGUGAAUUAUUAGACGACAUUAAUGAAGUCAGUGGGGCGUUGUGCAUGGAAAAUUGCUUGCUGGAACCAUGUGGGUCUGUUACGAAUUUAAGUGAAGAGAGAGAAACAAUGGAGGAAAGUGGAAGAGCAAUGAAUGAUGAUGGUGAUGUUUGUAUUAAUUAUAAACAGGCUUCAUGUGAGGAACCUGAGAGUAGUGUGAAUUACCAAGGUUCGAAUAAUGGGGAGAGUGGUGAAUGGAAUUGGGAGAGUGUGAUGAAGUUUAAUAUUGAGGAGGAGGAUGAGAGUAGUAGGGAGCAUAAAGUGAAUCUUUUGAAUUGGUUGUGUGAAGAUGAUGAUUGGGAAGGUGAUAGUAAGAUGUUGGGAGAGAUAGAUUCUCAGAAGCAAAAUGAUUUGAUUGCUUGGUUUCUUUCUUGA